GCCAACCCCCGAAGAGCAGCCUGCUGGCUUCCCCAGCGCCCAGGAGUUGGGGAUGUCCUACAAACCUACCACCCCUGCCCCCAGCAGCACCCCCGGCUCCAGCACCCCUGGGCCAGGCACUCCGGUCCCUACAGAAAGCGUCCCGUCGCCGUCGGACUCAGGGCCGGGUGCCACUGCCCCUUUCAGACUGCUGUUUAAAGACUUUGGACCGCCUACCAUCGGUUGUGUGCAGGCCAUGAAACCACCUGGUGCCCAGGGCUCCCAGAGCACCUACACGGAACUGCUGUUGGUCACAGGGGAGAUGGGCAAAGUGAUCCGGCCCACCUAUGCUGGCAGCAAGAGCGCCACGGAGCGACUGAAGAGAGGUAUCAUCCAUCCCUAGUCAGAGUGCCUGGUAGAGACAGAGCGGAACGCCCACACUUAACAGGAAGCUCCUAGGCCUCUGUGUCUGGACUCCGGAGCACCUCCUUCUCCCUGGCCUUCAUCCCUAGUUGAACUAACCAUCCUGGGCUUCCUGUCCUGUGUCCCUUGAUGGGUGCCCUCCAGGAACCAAGGGGCGGUUCUCACUCUAGGUGGCAGCACUAAGGACCCCCCUCCCCACCCCACCCCGCCAACGCAACAAGAGUUAGCAACGAGGUCCCCGUGAGUCCCACCCAUGACCUGCCGACAGUGUUGCCCACUGGAACUUUCUGUGGCCCCCACCACUCAGCCCUUCCCAGCACUUGUCCGGAGCCUCCUUGUCCCUCAGCACAGCUCAGGCCUCAGGCCUGACACUUCCCUACCUUGUGUCUUUUGCUAAAUAUGACCUUUCUAUAUUAAUAAAAGAUGCUUUGGAGUUGUGCUCUCUAAAAAAAAGUUUAAUAUAAAGGAGAAAUAAAAGGAAAUUUAGCAAAGAAAUAUGUAGAUGAAUAUUUAAAUACUCAGAGGUGACAUUACUACCAGACAUAAUGAGAUUAUCAGAUGUUUCAUUUACUUAUGAUUAAUAUGUUUGUAUUUAUUUUUUAU